UGGCGUGUAGCCAAUUUUUCUGUGAUAUGCUUUUUCCCUUUAUUUGGCUUAAUUUUGGAGUGUGUAGAAUUUUUAUGGCUGGGGUGUGGUAUGAAGAGCAAUUGGAUUAUGGCUAUCCGCACUUGGUAGAUGUGGUUAACAACUCCAGGUCACACUUCCCAGAGAUUGAAGAAAUGAGCAAAUGCCAACCUCCUUUGCCUGAACCAUGGAUGCUCAUAGAUGUUUCGUCUGUACCACCAAGGAAUGGAAGAUCUUCCAUUUUGGAGAGGUGCAUAUCAAAGGUCACCACAGUCAGCGUUGGUGUAAGCACUGAACCAGACAGGAGAAAUGUAGCAUGGAACAGAAAAACCAACCAGCAACAGCAGCUUGACUCUUCAAGAUUUGAAACUAAUGAGGCUGUAUUAAAGCGAAGACAAAAACAAAUAGACUAUGGAAAGAACACCAUUGGAUACCAGCGUUACCUGCAGGAGGUCCCAAAAUCAUUGAGAGAAGCUGGCAUUCACCCACGGACACCAAACAAGUACAAAAAAUACAGCCGAAGGUCAUGGGAUGCCCAAGUCAAGAUGUGGAGACGUUCCCUACACAACUGGGACCCAGUAUCUGAGCUUCCUUUCUUGUGGGGUGUUCAAGAUCUCCUUGAUCAGAUGGAUGUAGAUGUUCCACCUGAGAGCUAUACCUCACAGCCUGCCGAGGAAUUUCAGGGAUCUGGGCACACCAGAAAUAUUUGUGCCCCUUUGGUUCCAACCACCUGGAAACCAUUUUUUCCUGAAGAGGGUGCAAGUUAUGGUCUAGGAAAUUCUCAUGACUGGCUACAGUAUUUUGGGGAAGUACAAGCACGCAGCUGGCUGGGAAUCGCAGAUGCCACACCCAGAACCUUGGUUUAGAAUGAGCUUUCAUGGCCCUUAACUGAACAGAAUGCACUCUAAACAUCUUCCAGUUCUGUAUUAACUGCCCAUUCCAACUUUAGGCAAUUUCCUGUUGUAUAUGAAGAAAUCGUACUUCCAUUUCCACAUUUACUCUUCAAUAUGAUUAUUAUUUUUUGAUGAUCAGGGUCACUGAAAUCUGGUGUUCCUUCACUUUGGUUGGAGAGUGUACAAGUCUCCCGAUCAAGAGGUUUGCUUGAAUUUAAAUUAUUGCUAUAUUUCAACUUGGCAUAGAAUGCUAUGGAUGCUGCAGGGUGGGGGUGGAAUCAUUUGGUGAUGCAUCAGUAUACACUCUGCUACAUAAGGGUGAUGGAGAGUUUAAUAUGGUCAGAAUUGCUACUUAAAUAUACACAGGGCUUUAUUUGCCAUUCUGUGUUGUAAACGCACUGUAAUGCCCAAUGUAGUCAGCUGCACACCUUUAAGUGAAUUCUGCACAUGUGCACUUUAAAAUUUGUCAAAUGAGCCUUCACUUAUUUUUCUCUAAUUUCACAAUGAAAGCUUGCACUUUGCCACACUUUCACACAAUGGCUUUCAAUUUUUAAGUUUCCACUUUAGAGCAGUUUGAUACUCAUCUUUGUGCUGUAUGUUUCACUGAGUAAGUGCCACUAUUAUAUAAAUGUUUUUCAUAAUUUGUUACUGUACGGAGGUGUUGCUCAUCAUUUUCUUCCACUCUUACUGUAAGUUGGCUGACAGGUUGUUACAAUUUCAGUGUACUUUGUGCUUCAGCUUAUCUACAGCUAUUUAGCUCUUGGACUGAAAUCAAUUUGUUUAGACUGUACUUUCAGAAUUGAUCUUGGUAUUCUUUCAUAUACAACACUUGCUGUUAAGCAAUAAAAUUCUCUGAAGAUUG